CAGCUUCCACUAGAGACCGAAGUACCGAACAGAUAGAGAUUGGAGAACCAUGAUGAGAUCCGGCCUUCUCUCGCUAUGUUUCCACCUAGCCCUGGCCAUCACACUGGCUGCAAGUGUUCCUGGCCUUGCUCGUAGUAGGGUAAUCGACAUCGAACCGCAACUCAAACCGACGCUGCAACUAGAACCAAAGCAUGGUGUAUCUCAACCAGACAGAAACCAAGAACCCAAACCGACACCACAACCUGAGCCAAAACCGGAGCCUAAACCGGAACCAAAACCUGCACCACAAUCAGACACCAAAUCAGACCCUAAACCCGCACCACAGUCAGACCCAAAACCUGCACCACAACCGGACCUAAAACCAGAACCCAAACCUACACCACAGCCAGACCCAAAACCUUCACCACAACCAGACCCAGAGCCAAAACCCAAGCCAGCGCCACAGCCUGAACCAAAACCAGAACCCAAACCUACACCACAACCAGACCCAAAACCUGGACCACAACCAGACCCAAAACCAGAACCCAAACCUACACCACAACCAGGCCCAGAGCCGAAACCCAAGCCAGCGCCUCAACCUGAGCCAAAACCCACGCCGCAACCAGAUCCAAAACCUGAGCCAAAACCCACGCCGCAACCAGAUCCGAAACCUGAGCCAAAACCAACACCACAACCACCUUUCCCACAGCCCGAGCCUCAACCAGAUCCCAAACCCCAACCCGAACCAUCCAAGCCAGAUCCUAAACCCCAACCCGAGCCAUCCAAGCCAGACCCUCAGCCAGAGCCCAAACCUACACCAGAGCCAAAACCCCAACCAGAACCAUCGAAGCCGGAGCCACCGUCGUCUCUUCCACCACCAUUUGGCACGGGCGUCGUGGAAGGGAACUGAGAGGAGCAUAGUGGAACCGAUCAUCAUCGUGGAUGCCAUCUAUAGCUUUUGGCUAUGACUGAUAAGUAAUACUGUUUGUGUAAGAGUGAGCUCUCUUUUUAUAUAGGGUGUGUGUAUUGUGUGUAGUACUAUGUUUGGACGAUGUGUGUGUACCCACCUUUUCCCGUGUGUUUCCAUCAGCAUGCAUCAAUGAUCCAUGUAUAUGCCUUGCUAAGUUUGUGUAUUAUCAAUGAGU